AUGAGUGUUGAAUCCAACGAGGAGGUCUUCCGACCAGCCUUUCCAAAUGUCCCUGCAUCGCUUCGCCCUCCAACAAUGGUAUCCUACGGCUUACCGUUCGACAAGGCUGCCGCGAGGCACAUAAUCGGCACCCUCGGUUGCCGACGCACUUAUAUUGUGGCAUCGAAAGGACUAGCUUCCCACUCGGACAGUCUCGUGAAGUUGGAGAACGCUCUGCACGAUCACCAUGUGGGGACGUGGAUGGGAAUACCAGCCCAUACACCAUAUGAUGCAUUGAUUCCAAUCCUACGAGACAUCCGAGAGAAAGCGGCCGACUGUAUCGCCACCCUUGGGGGUGGCAGUUUAGCAGACGGAGCCAAACUGCUCACUUAUGCUCUCGCAAAUGGCGUCGAAAGCGUGGGGGAUUUGGUCCGCCUCGAAGCUUCUUAUUUGAAACUGGACCUUGAAGCCGUUUCUCGAGGCGAGGGCUCAUCUCUGGGCAACGCCCCGACAAUCCCGCUGGUCUUCAUACCGACACUGUCUGGUGCCGAAUUCUCCAAGUUUGCGGGCUGUACCAAUCCUACGAACCAGAUGAAGGUCCAGUUCACGCAUCCUGGCAUGUUUGCCAAGAUUCUCGUUCUAGACGGCGAGUUGUGCCGCUCGACGCCGGACUGGGUCUGGCGCAGCACCGGAGUCAGGGCCAUAGACCAUUGCGUCGAAAACAUAUGCUCCUCCCACCCAAAGCCAGAGUCGGACGAUGCGUGCUUGGAAGGGCUCGGUCUACUGACCAGGUCGCUGCUCCGGUACACCAAGGAGCCAGACGACAUGGCGGCGCGGCUUGAUAGUCAACUGGGCUGCAAUAGGGCUAUGACAGGCUUGACAAUGUUUGUUCCGUGUGGUGCCUCACAUGGCAUUGGUCAUAAUCUGGGGCCACUGGGAGUUGGCCACGGCCAGACGUCCUGUGUACUUCUUCCGUCGGUCAUGAAGUACAACGCGUCGGCCAACUCGCAGCGCCAGAAAAUCGUUAUGGAUACGUUGUGGUCGGAGCCCGAGGUGGCUCAGGUGUUGGAGAAGCGCGGGCUGGUCGAGGGAAAGGUUGACGCGGGCGACAUGCUCCGGGCGAUAUUUGACGAGCUUGAUAUGCCUAGGACUCUUGAAUCAGUGGGUGUAGGCAGGGGGCAGUGGGAUCGAUUGGCGCGCAACAGUCUGGCGGAUAGCUUCUGUCAUGCCAACGUGAUUCCGCUUGUUCAGGCUCAGCAAAUUAAGGAUAUUCUGGAAAUGUGCUCGGGCUAG